AUGUCAGGUGUGGUGUACCCCGGACAGGCCCCAGUGGAUUUAGACAUAUACCAAAGCUCCUACAUGAUUGACUAUAAACCCUACGGGAAGUACAAAUACUCCAGGGUUACACCGCAAGAGCAGGUGAAGCUCGAGGCCCAACUGCGGCAGAAAGAGUUUUAUAGGCCCACCCCCAGCCCCAACCCUAAGCUAGCGGGUGGCUACCCUGCCUUCAAAAGGAUCCACAUGACUGCCAAAGACCUGGGAGUCCCUGGCUUCUUCCCACCACAGGACCAUGUAGCCACAGGGGAGGACGAGUGCAAGUUCACCAGCAUCUGCCCUCUCACGUACCCGGCUUCCCACCACCCGUACGUGGCCCACGACGAUCCCAACCAUGUCCACCAGAAUGCCGACUUUCCGUGCCUCCUGGAGCCCGAGCGACAACCUGCUGCAAAGGAGGGCAAAGGCUAUCUUCUACUGCCCGGCUGCCCCUGUCUUCGUCACCAUACAGUCAAGGUCCCCAUCUUGUACCGAUGGGGACCCUUGAUGCCAUUUUACCAGUAG